AUGCACCUUUCGUACUCAUUUUUCCCAGUUCUUCUUAUAUCCGCUUCUUGUUCUGCAGUCAAACUGAUCAUCGGUUAGUCGCUAGUUCUUCUCGAAUCUCUCUAGCUUUCUCUAGAUACCGAUGGAGUGUACGAUGACAUCCGUGCCUUGACCAUCGCUCUUUCCACUCCCGAUGUCGAAGUUCUCGCCAUUACGAGUGUGCAUGGGGGAGUGACUGCAAAUCAGUCGGCUGCCAACGUGGCACGACUUCUCAGAGCGAUCGGAAAAGAGACCGUUCCGAUUUACAUUGGAUCGCAGGAUUCGCUGAUUCCGAAAGGGCCGAUUGUUGUGUGGGAGGAACUGUUUGGGAGUGACGGAAUAGGCGGUGUUCCCGACAUUCCUCCCAAAGCAUCGUCGUUUAAUUCUUCGAGUUUCGUCAAAUCCAAAGGCGCUGUUGAUGCUAUUAUCGAACUGACAAAACAGACAAAGAAUGUGACACUUGUGGGCUUGGGCCCUCUCACAAAUAUAGCUCUGGCUCUCCGGAAGGAUCCAGAAAUCGCCCAGAGACUUCAGAAAGUGGUGAUAAUGGGCGGAAACUAUCUGGGAGUGGGCAAUACGCAGUCCAACUCCACGGCCGAGUUCAACUUCCUCAUGGAUCCCGAGGCUGCUCAGAUCGUUCUUUCCGCCAUUCACACUACAAUCGUCCCGUGGGACACUUGUUUCUUCAAAGGACCCGAAGUAAGCGAGGAACUCAAAAGAAAACGCGUAAUGAAUAAUAUUUUAGUACAGUGAAGAAGUAGAUUACGAAGAAUCUCUACGGCAGAACACUCCGCUGUCCUACUUCCUGAGCAACAUUACCGCCAAAGGUAUGCAUUACUUUCAUCCAUUCUAACAGGGUUACAAUUGCUUCCAGGUCGGGAGUACAACAAGAUGACACAUCAGCAGUACGCAUUCGUGGAUGACAUUGCCGUCGCCAUUGCGAUUGAUCCUUCGGUAGCCGUGAAGAGUAUGAAGUUGUGCGCCAGCGUGGAGUUGGAAAAGGAAUCGGUGACGCGAGGACAGGUUGCUGUGGACUGGCUCAGCACUGGAUACAACCCCAAGAACCAUGCUUUCGAGGCGUCCGAACAGAAGAAUGUGAGUCACUUUUCCGUAAAGCAACCUCCUUUUUCUCGUUCAGGAUCAGGGCUGGUUGGCUCAGACAUUCGUUACGGAAUAUGACGUGAAGAAGAUCAAUGAGAUGCUUAUGAGAGCAGUAACAGAGAGAAAUUGA